AUGAGAGACACCAUCAGACACUAUGAGAGACACCAUCAGACACCAUCAGAGACACCAUCAGACACCAUCAAACACCAUGAUAGACACCAUCAGACACCAUCAGACACACCAUCAGACACCAUCACAGACACCAUCAAACACCAUCAGACACCAGAGACACCAUCAGACACCAUCAAACACCAUCAGACACCAUCACAGACACCAUCAAACACCAUCAAACACCAUCAGACACCAUCACAGACACAAUCAGAGACACCAUCAGACACCAUCAGAGACUUCAUCAGACACCAUCAAACACCAUCAGACACCAUCACAGACACCAUCAAACACCAUCAAACACCAUCAGACACCAUCACAGACACAAUCAGAGACACCAUCAGACACCAUCAGAGACACCAUCAAACACCAUCAGACACCAUCAGAGACACCAUCAAACACCAUCGAAAACCAUCAAACACCAUCACAGACCCCAUCAGACGCAAUCAGAGACACCAUCAAACACCAUCACAGACACCAUCAGACGCAAUCAGAGACACCAUCAAACACCAUCACACACCAUCAGACACCAUGAGAGUCACAAUUAGACAGCAUCAGACACCACCAGAAACACCAUCAAAGACACCAUCAAACACCAUCGAAAACCAUCGAACACCAUCACAGACACCAUUAGACACAAUCAGACACACCAUCAAACACCAUCAGACAGCAUCACACACCAUCAGACACCAUCAGACACGAUCAGAACACCAUCAGACACCAUCAGACACGAUCAGAACACCAUCAGACACCAUUACAGACACCAUCAGAGACACCAUCAGACGCCAUCACAGAGACACCAUCAAACACCAUCAGACACAAUGA